AAACCCGCCCAAAACAAAAUUAUACCUCCAAUCAGCCAUCUCUGGCUGUCCUAUCCGUUCCCAAAUCACUUCCAAAACCCCCAAAUUUUGUAGGGUUUUCAUCAGUGCUUCCAUCAUUUGUAAGGUAAAAUGGAACAACCUGCGGCACCAAAUGCUGUUCCUCAAAAACUUAGUGACAGAGACAGCAGCAGCAAAGCGAAGAGAAAAAUUCCAACACCCCAGGAGCUGAUAUCCCAUUACCAAAACCAAGGCCUCGAUUCCCAAGAAGCUUCCAUCAAAGUCAUUGAGGAUCUUCAAAACGUGGUGAUGAGGGUCGUCUCCUCCAACUCCAAACCCAAGAAAGACAAGUUCUUGAUCGAAACUUCCAGAAAGAUUGACAGUGUCAACACCAGGCUUGCUGUUGUUGACAUGAAGCUCGACUCCAAGCCUGGUUAUUUGGAGACUUUUGCAAUUGGGGUUGCUUCUGGUGCUGCUUUUAAUGGAAUUUGCAGUGUUCUGCCUCAUGUUUUUGAGGGUUUCGCUCAGAUUUGGUCUUCUGUUAGGACUGCUACCAAGCCUUCUUCUUCUCCUUAAUUACAUUUAGAUUAAAAUUUUCAAGUCACAGUUUUUUUUUUUUUUUUUUUUGGCUAAUCCUGGUUUGGGAAUUUGAAUUAGAGUACUUCAAUGCUACUGAAUUUGAGUCAAAUUUUAGAAAAGAUAAAACAUAUUGUCAGUAUGUAUGAUACUGUGUGUUAUUAUGCUUAGAACUUUUGCAUUUUAUUUUCAGCAUUACAUCAUCAUCAGAGUCUUUCUAGAGGUAACUGAAGCUUUACAUAGUAUAGGAUUAGAAUCCUUGUAUAUAGGAUUAGAAUCCUUGUAUGAAGGGGAAUUUGUAGAAUGGCUGAAAAAUAAGAAGAAUGUUGAAAAUAUGCAUGGCGACAAUUGAUCUACCUAAGAGGCAAAUAAUGAUGGUUCUAUUUUAUAGUAGAGCUUCCGGAGUAGUUAAGCUUCAUCCUUCACAGCUUACAUGAAUCAAGUACUUGGAUUUAUAAAAUAAUACUAACAUUUGCAUUUGUAAUCUAUGAUUGGUUUAUACAUUUCUUGAGUGGAUUUAGAAAAGGUUUCCGCCACACUUAUGGUAUAGAUUUCCCCUUUCACCCAAUAUAUGCUUCAGCUUGGAUAUGUAGUGAUUUAUGAACUCUUUUUGUUUAAUUUGAA